GAAACUUGUGUCAAUAUGAAUUACACAAUAGCCCUGUGUCGGUGAUAAAUCUAAUUUCUCCAUUAUAAACGUACCAGUCAAUGUCAUUUUACUAUUCACACAAAACAAGAACUUUUAAUUUUGAUGGGAAUGAUUAAUCCAUUUAAAACUGGAAAUUUUAAAAGUAUUUCUACAGAAAAGAGCCAUGUAAUGUAAUUAAGAAAGAUUAAGAAAACUUUGGCAGAGUAUUAUAUCGGAAGAUUAGGAAGGGCUAAUUUGCAGUGUCUAUUGUUAGUACCUGACCGUUCCUAAUCGCCCGAGUCUACUACCGAAAUUCUGUCAUAGUUCCUUUGUUGUUUUGUGGUUUCUGUGAAUGUGGUGUUGAAGUAAAUUUUUUUUCUGUGGUGUUGGAUUUAUUGUGGCCUCAAGGAAUAUACAUUCUAAACCAUUUACAUUUUGGAAUUUCUAAAUCCUGGGUCCAAAAUUCUGGAAGAUGAUCAGAAAAUUUGCUUUUAACAAAAUGAGUGCUAAAAAGGCCUUUACCCCUGGAGGACCAAAAAUGAAGGAGCCAGCCUUCAGAACCCCGAUGUCCUACAGCCCCAGGAUUGUGGGUAAUAAACCAGUCCCCUCCCCCUCCAGAUCAGAACUGUGGAAAAAGCAACUGGGUUUUGAAGAUGACAUUCCAGUUGACUCUCCGUCAGAAUCAGAAGAGGAUGAGAAUCCAUUUGAUGAUUCAGAUAACAAAGAGAACAUUUCUAUUGUGGAAUACAAGACUCUACAGAAACAGUUGGAUGAGAGGAACGCUGAGAGAGAUGAACUCUUGUUCACCAUUAGAAAUUUGUCAGAGAAGAAUAAAAAGUACAAAAAUAAACUGGAAAAAGAGGAGAUGACAAAGAGACAGCAGAUGAGGAUUCUGUGUAAGACCCAGGAGAUAAAUCUAAUGGAGAAAGACAAGCUAAUCGGUAAUCUACAGAGUCUGGUGGAAGACCAGGAAAACCGGAUCUUGGAACUGGAGCAGUCCAUCAAUGGGAACACGAAUCCGAAACUCCCCGGACAUGCUAAUGGCGGUGCUAAUAAUAAACUGGUGGAAGACAUUAAGAGGCUCCAUGAGGAGAAGGUCAAUCUCACAAAGAGGCUGGAGAUGGUCCAAUCAGAGAUGGAGACACACUCCUGUACAAACGGAGUCAGUGACGACUCCAACAAAGAGAUCAUAGCUCAGCUGGAGAAGGAGAAAAAGGAGCUACAAGACGAGCUCAGCAAAUACAGCAAAAAUAACAUGCAGCCUUCAGACACAGGGCCCUGUCACACAGAUACAGAGAAACAGGUGGAGAAGCUGCUGUCUAAUAACAAGGAACUAGAAGAGGAAGUCCAGGAACUGAGGCAGUCCCAGGCCAGGUCCACUUCAUUGUUUGAGGAGGGGGUCAAAAAACAAAAGGAUCUGGAAGAUGAAUUAAAGAAGUACAGAGAAAAGUUUACCAGACUGAAGGAGAGCUUACAGAAGAAAUCAGAAGAGCUAAAGGAGAAUGAAACAAAACAUCGAGAGCAGGUGACCAAACUGUCAGAGGAGAACCGGGUGACCUCCAAGAGAAUGAGGGACCUCAUGGUGGAGGUGACCCAUCUACAGGCCAGGGAACCUGAGGUUGUCACCAAAAUCAAAGUACAGGAAGUGGAGGUGGAUUCCCAGAAGACACUGGAGGCCCUUAAAUCCUGUGAGGCUGAGAGAGACAGCUACCGGUGUAAGAUGGAGGAGAGCCAGUCCCAGCACUCACAUGUGGUCAGUCUGCUGGAGAAGGAACAGCAACUCACAGAGACACUUUCAGAGGAGGUCAAUAAACAGAAGGAGAAAUUGAUCAGUCUUGUCCAGGAUACAGCAGACAAAUUAGAGGAAGCAGAGAGAGCAAAAGAGGCAGCCAUUCAGAGCACUAAAAAGCAAAUGGAGAGAAAUCUCAAGCAUUUGGAGGCUAAGUACAGACAGUUGUGUGAGCAGGCCUCCUUUGUCCUACCAGCCUACCAGGCCCUGGAGAAAUCCUACACUCAUCUGGAGGCAGAGUGUAGGCAGUUCCCUCAGUUACUGCAGGCAGCCAUUACUGAUGUCAAAAAUCAGAUGUGUCAUGCAAUAAGAAACAUUGAUGACUACAAUAAAGACUUGGUACGUCGAUAUCACCGAGAGAUGCAGCUCAGGAAAAAAUAUCACAAUGAACUGGUGGAACUAAAAGGCAACAUCAGAGUGUUUUGUCGAGUGCGUCCCAGAAUAAAAGAAGAUGGUGGAGGCAUGAUGGGAAAUAUUGUGGUGGAUUACGACAGAGACGACAAUGGGCUCAUCUAUGUGAACAAUAAGGGGAGAUCACAGAACUUUGAGCUCGACCUAGUGUUCACUCCGGAGAGCACACAAGAACAGGUGUUUGAGGAGGUUCAGUCGCUGGUGACCUCCUGUAUAGAUGGAUACAAUGUCUGUAUCUUUGCCUACGGACAGACGGGCUCAGGAAAGACCUUCACAAUGGAGGGAAACAGAGAAAAUCCUGGCAUCAAUCAGCGAGCCCUGGCCCUGCUGUUUAAGGAGAUAGAGGCCCGGGGCCAGGACUGGGGGUACACCAUUACAGUCAAUGUGAUGGAGAUCUACAACGAAAAGAUUAGGGAUCUGUUGAGUGAUGACCCAUCUUAUAAGAUGGAGGUAAAGAUGAACCCAGAGGGAGGACUACAUGUACCAGGUCUGUGUUCAGAGGAGGUCAGAUCAGUAGACGAUGUCAAUCAGGUGUUUGCUCUCGGCCAGAAGAAUCGAGCUACAGCCACAACCAACAUGAACGAGCAUUCCUCUCGAUCUCAUGCUCUACUGACGGUACAAGUUGUUGGUGUUAACAAAACCACUAAUGUCAAAACUGUGGGUAAAUUGAACUUGGUAGACUUGGCGGGCUCUGAGCGGGUCAGUAAAUCAGGAGCUGAUGGAACUCGACUUAAAGAGGCUCAGAACAUCAAUAAGUCACUCUCCUGUCUAGGGGAUGUGAUCCACGCUCUCCGCAGUAAACAAAGCCACGUGCCAUACAGGAACUCCAAACUCACCUACCUCCUGCAAGACUCCCUGGGUGGAGAUAGUAAGACCUUGAUGAUUGUACAGAUUGCUCCAGUAGAGAAGAACUUGGGUGAAUCAGUGUGCAGUUUGAACUUCGCUCAGCGAGUUCGAACUGUCGAGCUGGGUCAGGCGAGCAGACAAGUGGUUCAAGCUGUUGGAGAUGAGGCUAAUGGAGUAUCACCAAGUACCCCCAGCAAAACAACCUCCACCCCCAGCAAAGCCCCGUCCACCCCCACCAGAACCAUGAGUCUGAACACACCUACUGGUCGACAACAUACCCCAGUCAUAAUGAACAGGACACCCAGCAGCUCCACUAAAGGAUCAUCACUCCGCUAUCCUAAAAGACCGGAUAAAUGAACAGUCAUACCUUUACCAAGCAGGUCUACCAAAGGGACUUCACUCCGCUAUCCUAAAAGACCAGAUACCAAGUAGUCCCAUUAAAGGAACUUCAAUCUGCUAUCCAAAAUGACCAGAUAAACGAAUGUUCUCAAAGAUGGCCAAAAUGACUGUGUUAGUAGCAAAGUGGUAUUAAAGAGACUUUGCUUAAAAAGAUUCUAAAUCUUAUUUGUUCAUUUAGCUUUAAUUGCCCUACUCUUUGAUGAACCAUUGAGGUUAACAGUGCUUAGGAAAUUCAUAGCUGUUGGGGUUAUGUCCCUUUUUCCAUGUGUUGACGUAUGUGAUGCCAGAUCUUUCUUGCAAUUUAUUUUAACCUUGGUGAUAUUUUCUAGUGCUUCUGCUAUUAUUUCCUAUUUUUGUUUUUAAUGGCCCCCAACUUACCCCCAAUUUUCAGUGAUAUAUUUUUAUUCAAAGGAAAGUGUUUAGUCUGUUAUUACUGUCACAUUUUCUGUAUGUUUGAAGACUCUCAUUGCUGGGCAUUAUUCAUUGCCUUUGCAGGUAGAUUUGGCAAUAAGUUCAUUAACAAGGUAUAAUAUUUUUUUGGGGGGGGUGGGGUGGGGUGGGAUAAUUGAUUUGAAUUUUGCAUGUGUAUGUUUUUUAAGUUGUAUAUACAGGUACAAUUACUAGUAGUUAGUUUGUAACAUCAUUAUUGAAUGUGUAAUGAUUUGACCUUCAUAUUAAUAUGUGUCCUGUUUUUAUAUGAUGCAUUUAGGAGUGUGCAAUAAGUUUCUAUCUUCUUUUCAAUGUAUUAAUAAGGAAAGUUUUGUAAAAGCAAUAUGUUAUUAUCAUCAACAUUUAUUGAGAGAGUUAUGGUACUUUGUUUAUAAUGUACAUUGUGUCAUCUACCCUUCAAGUCAUAAAACCAUCUUCCAUAUAAUUUAAGUAUAAAUUUGAGUAUUUUUUCAAAAAACUUUGUAAUUUAGUAUCAAUAUGUUUUCUUUGAUUAUAAUUUUUUUUAAAAAAAUGCACAGGUAAUCCAAAGUUUAAAUGUUUCAUUAUGCACUGUGUUUGUCAGUACAUUUCAUGGAAUCAGUAGAGAUUUGAAGGUUCAACAUAUGUUACCUUUAAAUGCUUACUAGAAUAGGAAAAUCCAGAUCCCCUCUUUAUGCACAGAUUGUUGAAUAGCAUUAUGUAUAAUGAUGUGCGUUGUUGUUCAUUUCAAUUACAUGAAUUUAUUUAUGAGUUUGAGUCUUAUCUUAAUUUCAGAAAUAUCUUAAAAUUUUUCAUAGACCCUGUAUGUUCAGUGUAUUGCAUUUUGACUAUGUUGUAUACAGUGGGUUUUUUUUUUUCUAGUCCUAUAACUUGUUUUCCUUAUUUUGCUGUAGCUCUUGUGUUUGGAAAGUGCCUUCUUAAUUGUUGAUGAAAAUAAUUAUCAUUCAUACUGAUUCAAAUAUAUCAUGAUAUAAUGCAAUAAUACAUCCCAUUUGUGAUAUGUUAAUAUUGGAAUUUCAAGUGAUGCUGUGACUAUGUGUGAUAUAUACUUUUUUUGUCUUGUUAUGUCAAUAACAUUGCUACUUUAUAACUUACAGAACAAGUACAUCAUCUUAAGGUUCAUAACAUUAUGUAAUUAGGCUACAAGGUACUUUCCUUUUAAAUAAUUCCCUCAUAUUCAUUUUUUUUUUGUAAAUCUUAUAAGCAAAAUUAAAUUUUAACACAUUGCUAAUGUAUAUCCAAAAUUUACAUUGAAAUACUACUCACAGCAGUGGUUCAGUUUUACAAAUUUAUUUUAGGGUUCUGGAUUUUUUAUUGACUUAACAACUUGACUCUAUUUAAUUUUGUGUUUUCAUAUGCUCAAUACACAUUUAUGGCAAUACAUGUUUAUCUUUGGUUAAAAUUAAGGUCAAGGUCAUUCGUGAUAGCAUAAUGCAGGACCCCC